AUUUGCAGCUGAAUUACCUUCGAAUUGAUACCAAUGCCUGAAAUAUAGGUCGAUUUGCGGUUCCCCAGAUAACGCAUCGCCAUUCCAGCAAAAGCGAACGAGUUCCAAGCAAGCAGGGCGAAUUCUGGCCUCUGAAUACCUUGCAUAACUGGGGCGAAUCGAUAAAGCCACAGGCCACUACAACCAUGCCCUUUGCACUUCGUUGAUCAUGAUUUGUUUUCCUCUUCCGCAUACCCAAGCAGCUUCGCCUCUCUCUGUGUGAUGCCCAUUAGAUCACUCGAUAUCACGUUAUUCCUAUCCCACCAAGGUUUAUCUCGUGCCACAUCGACUCCGUAAGCUAUCGCAUCAUCGCAUCGAAACCGCAAUCACCAUAUCCCAAACUCACGCGAGCCCUUCACACGAUCUACGCUCUCAAACCCAGGUCCCAUCGAUUCUCUUACUUGCCCGACUACACCUCUUUACCGACGAGACGAAGGUAGACACUUGUUCGGCAUCAUGGAUCUCGCUGUGACACUCAUCAAGGCCGUCAUGCGGGCGUUCUACCCAACGCGAGACAUCCUUGUGGUGGACGCACUGAUUCUUCAUGAAGCUCUUCGCGAUGACGAUCUUGCCUAUUUAAUGGCCAUAAACACAAAGGACUUGCACAAGAUAUGCGGAAAACUUCGAGAAGACCGCUUCUUAACAGUUCACACGAGAUCCGAAUUACGACCAGGCAAUCCGCGACCGAGUAAUCGCACAUGGUACUACAUCAACUACCGACAUACCAUCGACGCCAUCAAGUGGCGGGUUUACAACAUAGAUAAAGAAGUCCAGGGAACUACCGUGCCGGUAAACGAAAAGAAGGAAUACUUUUGCUCGUUCUGUAAGGCGGAAUGGACCGCGAUGGAAGUUUUGGACAGCGUUGGGCCCGAGGGCUUCCUUUGUCACCGAUGCCGACGACCUUUGUCAUUUGAAGCAGAUCGAAAUGCCGGCGGGCACGAACAGUCUACCCGACUGAAUGACCAAUUCAAGUUCAUUAGCGAGCUGUUGCCUAAAAUCGACGCAGCCCAUAUUCCGGAAUGCGACUUUGAUCGGGCCUUGUCAAAAGCUCGGCCGGUGAUCCGCGACGCUACACACCAACGUGCAGCUACGAUACCCGUUGAUGACGCCUCGUCUCGGCCCAUGGCAGUGAGAGGAUUGGCCAAUACGGGUCCACAGUCCAUUGCCGUCAACAUAUCCACGUCUGACGGACCGUCGGAGGCUGAGAAGGAGGCCGAGAGACUUCGGAAAGAAAAGAUUGCGCAGCAGAACGCGCUCCCGUCCUGGAUGUCAAACAGUACUAUUACAGGAGAGUCGUUUUCUGCGACAGCCGAAGCUGCUGCUUUAGGAUUGGGUAGAGACGCAGCGGAGCGAAAACUGUCUCAGGGCAAAUUGGUCGACAACAAUGCCACUACGCAGAUUGAUGACAUUUUCGAGAAGCUCAAAGCAGAGCAAGCUGCCAUCUUGGCGCGAGAAGCAGAUGCUGAGAGCGAAGGGGAGGACUAUGGCUCCGAAGAGGAGGAUGACGAAUUCGAAGAUGUUAUGGCCACGGGCAACAACUCUGGUCUAGGCACGCCCGGCAUCAAGGCUGAAGUAUCAGAAGCUCCAUCAGGUGACGUAUCUCGAAUGGAAGACAGCUCGGAUGAGAGGGCGAACAAGCGGGUCAAGGUUGAACCUGGAGUUAAAAAGGAGGACAGCGGCGACGAAGACGAAGACGACGAUGAACUCGAGUUUGAGGAUGUUUGAAGGCCUGCGCGUCCAACGGAUCUCAAAAGUUUGUGUAAUUUACAAGAGCAUUUAGACAGAAUAGGGGCAACUCAACCUGGCAGCGCGCAGAAUGCAUGCACAGGAGAGUUUGGAGCUGGCGUUCUUGACAUUGCUCAGCAGUUUUCGGGCAUAUGUUGGUUCUAUUAAAGAAAAGAGAAUAUUUGACACUUUUGAUACUGCACUGUAGUCGAGAAGCAAACACUGAGAUUGCUCAUCUCCGUUAGAACAAUGUGACUGUUG